GUCUUGGACAUCCAAAUAUGAAGAUGUGGGAGGUGGUCGUUAACCGAGCUGGAGGAGCGGGUUAAUAGUACACGGUGCAGAGAGCGCUCGUAGGAUGCGACAUGGUGCGCAAUUUCAUUCAGAUGGGCUACACACGCGCAAGGAAAUACGCCAACAGCCUAGGCGCGCAAGUUGGAGACGAUCGCUCCGUGGAAAGCGUUUCGGGACCCGGAGCAGCUGUCGGCGCUGGCGUCGUGGGAUGCGGACAAGCUCAGAAAAGGGUUAUGGUCCCAGGAUCCGACGGUGGACGCAGAACCGUGCUAAGCGUGUGAUAUAGGCUCCAUACUCGGUGUGGUCUCCGCGAUUGAUGGCAAGACGUACGAGUAUUUUUGCUUGGGACUGCGCCAUCAGUACAAGAAGGGUUGGGGUUUGCAGCGCAUCGAUGAUGCGGGCCGUUCGCAUGUUUCAAUAGAGUCUUGCUUUUCCGGCCUGGGCUUCAUGCAACCCAUCGACAAGAGUUAGCGGUCGCCAGCUGUAGCAAGCCUCUCGAGAAUAGCGAUGAAAGAGUGGUGAAGGAAUUGAGAAGCAAUCUUCCGGGACAGUCAGCCAUAUUCUUCUCUGCCUCAGCGGCUCCGGAUCGAAGUUGGCCAGAGGUUCUCUCCCAUCAGACGCAUGCAGGCUGUCCACCUGCCCAUUGCGCU